AAAGUAGCGGAGGGUCCGGAGAUCCGUUCAUUCUGCAACAGGUCAACACCACUAACGGUGGCCAAAGACAAAUGGCUCCAUCACUUCUGUCAACAACAGUGGGAAUUUUAAUGCUAUUUUCCUUCUCCUCUGCUCAAAUGAGAGGAGAUGGGAUUCCCAAUCAGGCUUGUCCCCAGUCAUGCACGCAGAGCGACCAAUUUGGCACGUAUUGCCCCACCACAUGUGGGGUAGCCGACUACCUUCACAAGUACAAGCCAGAGAUGGACCGGGACCUGGACGACAUGGAUAGGAUGCUGGCUGACAUAACCAAUCAGACAAAAGGAGCCGAGGAAACGGUGAUCUACAUGAAGGACUCGGUCACGUCAGCCCAGAAGAGCUCCCAGCCUGAUCAGUACUUUAAGAAGUCAUCAAGCAUGCUGGAUGAUGUCCUGCGUUUUGAGAAGAGCAUCAUAACACAAGAAGAGCAAAUCAAUGAACUUCUAUCUGCAUUAGAUUCCAACAAGAGGGCAAUGUUGGAUCUCAAACAGCUGUCCGUCCAACUGGAACAGAAAUGCAAAGAGCCAUGCAAGGACACUGUUGAGAUAAAGCCUACUACUGGCAAAGAUUGUCAGGAUAUUGCCAACAAAGGAGCCACUGCUAGUGGGCUGUACUAUGUGAAGCCAGUGAAGGCCACAGAGAGUUUCGUGGUCUACUGUGAGAUUGACACUUUUGGACGGGGCUUCACUGUCCUGCAGAGGAGACGUGAUGGAAGUGUGGACUUCAGCAAGGAUUGGAUACAGUACAAGGAGGGCUUUGGCUACCUCUCCCCUGAUGACACAACCGAGUUCUGGCUGGGCAAUGAGAAGAUCCAUCUACUCUCCACCCAGUCCUCCAUCCCCUAUGUGCUUCGGAUAGAGCUUGUUGACUGGGAGGGGAACAAAAAGUAUGCCGACUAUGCUAUGUUCAAAGUUGGGCCAGAGGUUGACAUGUACCGCCUUACCUAUGCCUACUACCACGGAGGUGAUGCUGGCGAUGCAUUUGACGGUUUUGACUUUGGCGAUGACCCCAGCGACAAGUUCUACACUUCGCACAAUGGCAUGCAGUUCAGUACGGCCGAAAAGGACAACGACAAGUUCCAGGGCAACUGUGCCCUCCAGGACGGGUCUGGGUGGUGGAUGAACCGGUGCCACGCCGGCCACCUCAAUGGCAAAUACUACACGGGUGGGAAGUACACAGAGAAGGAUGCUGGCGAGUUUGGCUAUGACAACGGAAUCAUAUGGGCCACUUGGCAUUCUCGCUGGUACUCUAUGAAGGAAACCACAAUGAAGAUCAUCCCCAUUAACAGGAUUGUGGGUGGUGAAGGGCAACAGUCUGGGGUCAAACAGUUUGGAGGACUGGGAGACAUCUAGAAAUACAUUAAAGGUUUUUUGACUGCCAUGCCUCUCACUGUUGCUGGGCCUACAUACACUCAUAUAAUCAUUAAAUACACUCAUGUUUCUCCUAUCUUAUAAUAUAUUUUUGUGAAUUACUUGGACCUGAUCUUCAUCUCAUUGCAAUUACACAAUCCAACUUUGGUAUACAUGUCCUUUGUGUCUUGUUGAGAACUUGUGAAUGCUGAAUUUGCAUGUUCUUCUAGAACUAAGUUUGGUUGGAUUUUGACUUAAUAAAUGUUGUCUUUUCUUAAUG